AUGACUAUCACUGCUACUAGUCUACGCACUCUAUCAGCAAAAGCAUCAGGCUUAUCAGAUGAACUCCUCGAUCCACAUCGUCGACAUCGUGAUCCACAAUCUGGGAUGCGUGGAUCGGACCUACAUGAAGUUCUCGAAGCCAUCAGUUCCAUGUCCAUGCAGGAUACAACUAACUCAGAAGCAAACCUUAUAAUGGACCUUGUACGAGCUAAGCGCGAAGUUUUUCGCGCACAGAAGGCACUAGCAGAGUGUAUACUACAGGAAAACGAAGUGUUGUCCAGCUUGCUCAGAUUUCAAGUAGAAACUGCGGAGACGACGCUAGACGACGCAGACAUGGGCCUGGGCACGGCUGGUCCCAUUGUCACAGAAAUCAUCUACCCGCCGAAUUCCACUAUCGAGACUCCGCAAAGCAACUUAAGUGGAAAUUCAUUCAUGGGCUCCAAUGAUCCCGAAGUUCAAGCAAGCAUUGCAGAAACCAAGGGUGUCCGCAUGUCAAUUCUGGAUCGCCUUCCAACAUGGAACGGGUCAUCUAGCAUUCCGACGGAGAUCAUGCAUUUGUUCUGGGGUCCGGGGAAACGAUCCGAUGUCACACCAAUGGAUCGACUUACAGAAUUUCUCGAGUCCAUAUGGUGGCCGAAUAACUCAGGACGUUUUCAGAUUAAGAUUGCGAGCGGGGGCGAACGUCCUAAAGCAGACGAGUGGCGAAAUUUCAUGCGAGUAUACCCUGUCGCAAUUUCAGUUGCGUGGCAAAUGUGGUCUCGCCAUGCUGACGAUGAGGCCCCCCCGCCAAAGAAACGCAGCAAGAUCCAACAGGCCAUUAAUGUUUCUCGCGACGAAGAUGCUGAGGCAGAAGAUUAUUUGGCGCUCGAAGACAUUGAGUCACACCUCAGGAGGCCACUCGAGCUGAUAUCGGAGGCUUUUCAGUCAUGGGCACAACUGAAUUGUCAUCUCACACCAAAUUUUCACUUCGCCAGUCAUCUAGUCGAGUACAUUCAUACCUAUGGCCCUGCAUAUGCCUGGUGGGUAUUUCCCUACGAGCGCGCGAUUGGUGUGUUAGGAAAGGCCAACCACAACGGCCACGGCAGCGGCGAAUAUUCAUCUGCCAUUGUUCUCACUGAACGACGUGAUCAAACCGAGCAGGACCAGCUAGCCAUUUGUGCGCUACUCAAGGCUGUCAAAGGUGGUGCUGAAGCCGAUCGGCAAAGAGGGACCCUUAUGAAUUAUAUCGCGCUCCUGUCCAACCCACACAAUUCCACGAGGAUUGUAUUUCCGAAACAAUUCAAGUUAAUCAGCUUGCGGCCACUGGGUGUCUAUGCCAUUGUUUUGCAAUUCCUACGUCUUCAUUUUCCAGAAUUCAACUUAACAUCAGACGCAGGUGAAGCAUCCAAUGGUAUUCCAUUUGACUCACAAGGUGUCCAGUCAUAUGCGAAUGUGACCAUCGGCGCUGCAAAGUAUGGCUCAUUCCAUCAUCAUCUCAACAUCCCUCGACAAGACCCUCCAAUAUCUGUCAAUGUUUCUCUCAUCCGAUGCUUUGAACAUCACCCACAGGACGCCAACCACCCAUGGUCUCUAUGGGCGACCGACCUCGGGAUUGCAACCUGGAAGUAUAAUGUCCUCGGGAGCCUCGAGGCAUGUCAUCUUGAUGAUCUUAGUGGUCAAUUUGCAUUUUCACCAGUUCAUGCACCGAGAAUUGGUCGCUUAUGGGUGACUUUCUCGUUAGACACUACCUCCCAAGAACCAGAUAACAGCAACCCUUAG